AUGGCUUCUGUCUCGCGCCUGCGGGAAGUCUUGUCUGCUGCGUUUAGUUUGAGGGGGCUUCCAAAUGGCGAACAGGAGUUUUUCGAGGAGCUCAUGGCUCACCGGUCACAUCUAGUGAACCUGUACGAUGUCGGACCACGAAAUCCACAGGAGCAACGCGAGCUCGAGUCAGGGAAAAUCACGAUCAAUGGCCGUUCCGUCGCGGUGAACGCGGACUUCGCCAGACAAGCCAUGUUCCUCUCACAGCAGCUGGAAUGUUCAGAACGUUACGUCGCGGGCCUCCUCCAAGAUGUCAUGACCCACAACCCGAACCUCACACAAGAACAAUGCAUUGAGGCAGCGAUCAUGGAGUACCACACGCGGCGGCGGGAGUUGGCGGACUGCUUAGGCACGAUCCUGCAGGCGGCUUCACGCGCGGAGGCGGGGGACGCGUCGCCACUCCACCAGCGAAUAGAGAUGUUCGUGCGGCAACAGCUGCUGCAUCCGGGAGGACGUGCGGGUGCGGGGUUGUCGUUGGCGAUGAAGCUGUUCCAGGAGAUCCACAGCGUUGGGAACGCGCUGGCAAAGGCGCAGGCGGCGAGGCAGAAUGCGAGGAGCGAGACGGUGGCGCCAACACAAGGUCCAAACGCGGGGCUGGGUGCGGACAUCCUGAACGCGCGGUGCGAGUCUUUGAAGUACGAACGGCGCACCCUUGCGGUGGCACUGUACCUCCUCGCAAGUAUGGGACAUGUCUCUUCCAAGGAGAUACCCAAGAUUGUCGACUGGCUCAGUGGAAACCCGCGCCACCCUAUGGUGUACCACAUCCUUCCGACUCUCAUGGCCACUUUCGAUAUUGUGGACCCUGAGUCUCCCGGUGGCCAGGCUCGCAAAGCCUUGCUCGCGGAUGGACAACUGGUGCCGGAGAUGAAGCGUAAGCUGGACGUCACGAAGGACUGGCCAGAGCCUGGACUUAAGGCUACCAUUCUUCUCAAGUGGACGCUGUUCCUCGCCUCGGCGCGUCGCGCGGAUCCUGCCUUGGAGAACACGGAUGGGUUCAAAUCAGAUGAGCUGGAGACGCAGAUCUGGAACGCGGUCCAGGGUGACUGUUUCACUUACCUUGCGCGCACCCUUCUGCUCCUCCAGAAGAGGCAGACGGCGCAUACGACCACCUCGUACGCCGCGUCUACUCUCACCAUUACAGAGCAGGAUUUGCAGCUCGAGUUGCCUACAGACGACUUUCGACCGGUCUUGCUUGAUGCAUGCGAGGUCCUAGUGCGUUCAUUGAUCACCCAGGCAUCUUCUGAGCUGCGGAAGAUCAAGCAGCGACAGGAAGACCUCUUGCUUGCGGGGGCUCGUGCCGACAGAACAAGGAUAUUUCGUUCCACGCACCCUCAAGGGACAUCGCGCUCUGGAGCUGCUGAACAAGAUAAACCCACAGCUUCUCCGCGUAAUGACAUGGCCAUGCUCUUCUCCUUCAUCGGGAUGCUCUACAGUUUGCUCCCUCCUGAGCGCGCGCUUCACUUUUGGGGAGCAGGUACUGUCAUUCCUGGGCAACGCUCCACUUACAGGGAGUACGUCGAGCUUAGCUCCGGGAAGCUGGCGGCAUUCUUGCAAUGGUCUAUCUGGUCUACUCAAGCUCGUGAUGUCGACGUAUCCAUGGCUCUCUUUGACAUGCUGUCAGGCCUUGCGAACGGCCAACAGUGCAGUGAGCUCGCGUACAACUACCUCGUGCGUGGUGGUGGCGACGUUGUGCCCGGCGCCCCUUCCGCUUCGACGUCCUCUGCCCAUUUCAACACCGGUCCUUCCGUGUCUUGGAGCUCCAUCUUCUCGUUACUCGAGUCGUGGGCAGCAGCUGGCCAACCCCCUCGGACUAACACUCCCCAGCAUAUCGCGGGACCUCAGCAGGGUUAUGGGGGCAGUCAGUACCACCAGUCGCCUCCUCCACCGUCGCGUCCGCAACAAGUCCAGCUUUCGCAGCAGGAUGUGCUGCUAGCACAAUCCUUCCUGCGUCUCUUGUCUGUCGUCGUCACGAACUCUAUUCCCGCGCGCAUCAACAUCUCCAGCCAUGGUCGAUUCCGUGCCAUCCCUACCAUGGUCUCGCUGAUCCCUCUUGGCCUUCCUCUUGAGCUGAAGGGUGCAGUCUUUGAUACUCUUGCGGCAUUCUGCGCUCCUGGUGCAGGCGCGGCCGGUGUGGAGAUCUGUAAGUCCAUUUGGACACUGAUGGAGAGACUUGAAGUGAUCAAUGUCCGCAUCGUUCACGGUGCUGGUUCUGGCCUCACUGUCGAACGGGGCGUCGAGUUGGAGCUGGACGAGGUAGAAGCCGUAUACAAGUUGUACCCCUCUACAAUUCCGUUCCUCAACCUCCUCGCUACUCUCAUCCACACUUCCAAGCGCAUCCCGUUGCGCGAGCGCGUGUCCGACCCUACACCCAUCAACACCAUCCCCGAGUCGCUAGGGGCGCCGUAUCGGACCCCUGGUAUCGGGCCUUUCGUGUCUUUCGUGGUCGACAACGUGUUUGCGCGUAUCCCAUCCCGGGAGUACAUUCGUCCGUCGGAUAGGUGGCGGAUGAAUGACCUCUGCCUCUGCUUCAUCGAACGCGCACUCGCGAGCUUCGACCUCGAGUCCCUUGUCACGACCAUCGAGGAGCUCCAACCCAGCAAGGAGGCAGUCGUGCACCUCGUGAUACACCCCGGUUUCGAGUUGUUGAGGCGCCUUCUCACUGCGACUCCUCUCCAGGCCUCCAUUUUGUCGUAUCUGGUGGAAGGACUGGAUGGCUUCGAGAAAGGACUGGCAGAGGAAGAGCCGUACUACCGUAUGACUAUCACCCGUGUUUUGAGGAUCAUCCACCGCGUCCUUGAAAUCCAGGAUAUCUUCCUCGAUGUCUUCCUGCCUCUUCUGGCCGAACUCAACGAACCUGCGAUAACCGGCGACGUCCCCCCUGUCUCGUACUUCAUCCGCUUCGAUCAGGCCCUGUCCUUUACUCCCGACUAUGUUCCUGCCGUUGCGGCGUACAUCUGCUACCCUUCCUAUCCCGAGCUCGUACUCCUCAGCGUCAAAAUCAUCACGGCGUUGGCCUCUUCCACUGCUUUAACCCAGUUGGCUCUUCUGAUUGACCGCAGCAGUGAGUCAAUUCGUAUCCUCGAAGGCUACCUCCAUGCCCUGGACACCCAUGUUGCGGUCGAUGUCGAAACAGCCGAAACGACUGCGGAACAGACAACAGGUGCUGGCGCGCCAGACGCGGAGGGGCCCUCUGACUUGCUCACCCAGGCGAUCCGACUGACCAUCCUGGACCUAUUCAUCCAGAACACGCAUUCUGGCCGCCCUCAUCCCAAUGUUGCGCAUUUCCUCCUCUUCGGUGCCGCCUCUCCGGACAAAUCGAUCCAAGAUCCUCACGCACUCGGCGCGCGCCGCUCUUGUGUGCACGCGAUUCUCGACCUGCUCAACUUCGGUGUACCCCGUUUGAAGGGCAAGGAGAGGAGGCAGACGCUUGGAGAACCGCUAUUCAUCACCCUCCCUGCGUUUGCUGAGCGCUGCUACCAUGUCGUCUUCCAGCUUUGCCAGCAUCCACGCACGUCGGAGCCUACGAUGCGGUACCUCCGCACGCGCGAAGACUUCUUCUCGCGGCACCUCGCUGCGAUCCCCUUCAAAGUUCCGGAGACUGAGCAGUCUCCCUUCAUCGAAAUCCAGUAUAGCGAUGGUUCCCGUGUGGUAACCACUGUCACCACAACGGCGUCCUUCCUCAAGCUCCGCUCUUGGAUUCUCGACCUCGUCGCUUUGGAUCUCCACGUUCUCACUAACAAGGGUCACCAGAAAAGUGUCUCAGAGCUGCUGGAGCUCAUGUUCGGCAAUGAGGAAGACUAUCUCGAGGGUGCGCCCGAGCCGUGGGAUGUACAAUUGUUCAAGCCGUUCCGCGAGGUCGGCCAGUCUCAUCUCAGGAUGAUUGAGCUGGUACAGUCUUUGGAUUUCGACUGGUCGGAUAGCCUGGUCGUCCAGCCUCAAAAUCUCGAGUUCCUGGGGCAGCUGAACCUGCAGUCUUGCCUGCGUGUCGACGAGUCAGGCUGCGAGGUCGUGGAUCGGACGGCUCUGCUGUCGCUUUUGACACUCGCCAAGAGGACGCUUCAUCUCCAAGGCCGCGUUGCAACGAAGGCCCAUGCGGAUGCUCUGGAGGCCGAGACUAACUACAUCCUAGAGAGCUGCGCAAUCGAGAACCAUAGGAGGAAGAUCCGCUAUGCCGCAGCCUCGGGCUACGAGUCGUGGCGUAGGCUGCUCGACAUGGCACUGAUGAAGUGCUUCGACCGUCUACCCUUCGACCGCCGAGAGAACAUGCUCUUUGACCUGCUUCAUGUUCUCCCCAACUCCCUUCGCUCUUCGAAUAUCCACGAGUCCACCGCGGUCCUCCUAGCGGAGACCAUCUUGUCGGUUAUCACGAAGCUGCGGGAGGACCGUCGUCACCAAGUCCUCAUGCAAACGGCAGGAGGCGACGUCGAAGCCGGAGCACUUCCCACAGAGCGUCUGAACGUGCUCCUUCGAAGCGUUCUGGAAUGCAUCAUGGAUCACAAUCGUAUCGAGCUCGUCCGCGGUAACUUGUAUGCUGCUCUGGUCAACUACUUGCACCUUGUUCUUCAUGCAGAAGAAGUGGAAGGUCAAGGCGAAGACGCCUCGGGGGGUCUCUCGUCCUCCUUGUCGCCUCGAGACGAGCUCAUCGAAAGUUUGUCCCUCGUCUCGGUCUCAGGCCAGCUUGGGCGGUCAUCUUCCGCGGGAGCAUCCCUAAUCCAAGCCAGCAUUGCGAUCUUGAAGCCAGCUACGGAACGCCUGAUUGCAAUUGUCUCCCGCGAUGCCAUAGACGGCACAGAGGUCUGGAAGACGGUAGCGUUCAUGCUGCUGGACUCCUUGGUUCGUCUGUCGCGGUGGGAGAAGCAUUCGUCGACCCUAGCCGCACUAGCGCGGCAAGGUUUCUUAGCUGGGUUCGUACGUGGAUUGAAGGAAUCGGAUCUCGUCUUGCAAGCCGUGCUUAAGCCUGAUCCCGAUGACCUAAACCCUCUCUAUGUCUAUGAGGCCAAGAUGUCGCUACUCGUUCGAAUGGCCCAGACACGGCAAGGCGCAGAGCGACUCCUUGAGGCGCGUGUACUUCCCGUCCUCGGAGAGUGCGACUAUCUCGACGCGCGGCCAGAGGCAGACCAGGCCUUCCUCGAUCGCGACAAUUUCCUUCCAUCUGCAAUUCAGCGCUACCACCAGCUUUUCUUGCCUGCGUUGCAACUAGUGAGCGGCAUGCUGAUCGCGUUGGGUCCCAAGCACACCACCGCCGCAAACCAUGCCCUGCAAUUCUUGUCGCAGCAUCGGGACACAGCCGUUCUACUCUUGAAGAACGAAGUGGACGAGCUCUCAAUCUCGAUUCUGGAGGAGAUGCGCCUUCUAGUUGCUUUGUGCAGCAGUGUGGUUCACCUUGUCCCGAGGACUGAGCUGCUUUCGAGCUCCGGCUUUGGAGCCCUACACGGUGCCAUAUCCAGCCUGGCUGCGAAGGUCUUGAGCGAUCCCCAUUGGACAGAAGCCGUCAAACCCCAAACUGACGCAGAGCUGGCUGAUGCGAGCACUCAAUCACUUGAGUACGCUCCUCAAUCGAAAUUCCGCGCCGCAGUCCACAUCAAAGACGAACAGUUGAAGAAUGCUAUCAUCUCAUAUCUCGGGACCGCGAGCGAAUUUACAGAAGCCGACUUCACGUUGGUGUUCUCUCAAGCGAUCACGACGCCCAAGCAUGACGAGCGGCCGACUAGGUUUAUUGCCACAGUACCCAGUAUCGGCGAUGCAAUCGAAGCCCUCGAUGAUCUUUGUCGCAACCUCGCGCAGGUCCUGAUGCGCAUAGUCGACCUCUCUGCCGAGCUCGCAUCCAAGGACCACAUCAGGGUGGACAAUAUCCAAGAGAUCGUCCAAAUCUCUGACCCGGCCCUUCUGGAGAAUCUCGACAUGCGGCAGAGACAGACUCUCGUCGGUCGCGAGCUCGCAUCGUGGCGGGCCGGUGCUAAGAGGCGCUCGCUAGCUAUACUAAACUCGUUGGAGAUGCUACUCCUCCUGCUGUGGAGACACCUUGCGUUCUACUUGGAGGGCAAGCACAUCAACAACCCAGAUCUCAAGGGUGCUAUUGCGCACACUAUGCGACUCGCGUCUUCGCCGGAUGUGGAUACGCUUCGGACAGAGGUACAGCGUAGGCUCGUGCCCGUGCUGUCGGCGUUGCAAUCACUCGACCUCAGCGAGGAGACGCUAGGAGCGGAAUGGCGUUCGUACGAGAGCUACCGAACAGUCAUGGCGCGUCGACUUGCGGAUACGGCAGGGUUGGAGGAGGUUGAGGCCGAGCCGCGCAACGGCGACGCGCCGCAAAAUGGGCUACUUGCAUACUGA